AGCAGAAAUGUCCACUUCUUCCUUCACAUGCCGAAGCAAAGGUUUUCCGUUUGUUCUUGAUGAUUGUGCAUUUCACCAGGAGGGAAACAUUUUGAACGGUGUACAGACGGCGGGAUGUCGGUGCAGGCCGAGGAUAACGCAGCUGCAGAGUCUGAUGAAGAGAGCGGUUUAUCCUCUGAAGAUGAGGGAGACAUUGAGUGUGAGAUUUUGGAGAUGCAGAGGGAUGAAGCCAAUCAGAGACUGUCUGAGUUGGAAGAAGUGUCCAGUCAGCUCUUGAAAGAGAUGAAUGUUCUGGAGAUCCAGUUUCACAUCGAGCGCUCCUGCAGGGAGAGCGCAGAGGCUCUGGCUGUCAAAGUGACCAAAGAGAACAAAGUCCUGAAGAGGAAGAGCCAGAUGAUGAUGCCGCUCAUCCCAGAGCUACCUGAAAACAAGGCUGCUGUGACCUUUGACCAGGAGGUCGACGCAGAGCUCAACAGUGAUGAGGUUGAUGUUGGGAGCGAGGAGACGUUGCUGCUGCAGAGUCAGGCCAAGAUCGCAGAGCUGCAGGUGUCAGUCGACGGUCUCCUGUCAGAGAAGCUGCAGCUGGAGCAACAAGUAGCAGAUCUGACCAAAGAGCAGCUCCUCCUCCGAGAGCAGCUCGCUCUGGAGGUGGACGAGAAAGAGGCCAUACUGAGGAGGAUAAACAAACAGAGCAAGACCAUGAAUAAAAUCAAGAGAGUCUCCCAGCUUGUCAGCGAGGAGUUCACAGAGAUGUCUCAGAAGCUGGAGCUGGAGCAGGGCCUGCGGGCGCACGCCGAAGUCUUCGCCCACCAGAUGUUGGUGCAGCAGAAAGAUUCCCACAGACAGAGUGUGUUACUGGUGCAGAGCUCCGACGCCGGCCUGCAGCUGCAGCAGGCGCUGGAACAGAUCUCCUCCAUCAGCUCCGCCCUGACUGACAUACAGCGCCGUUACCGCGACCAGAUCACGCAGCGUCAGAGCGCUGCUCAGGAGAGCGGUGUCUCUGUCUCUGAGCUGCAGGAGCUGAAAGAACAGCUGGAGAGGAGGGAGGAGGAGAGGAAGGCCGUAGAAACUCAGCUAACUGAGGCGAACAGCACGGUGUCAGAGCUUCAGGAGGAAGUGAAAAAGUUACAGGAGACACUGGAUGAGAAAGACAAAACCGAAGAACCAGAAGGAGAGUCAACCCCGGCUCCACCUCCGCCUCCUCCUCCUCCUCCUCCUCCUCCUCCUCCUCCUCCACCUCCCACUUCUGUCACCAAUCCUCUUGACUUCCUGAGAAGCAGGAGAAAAGACGGCUCAUGUAAAGCUGAUCAAAACAAAGCUGCACCGUUGUUGGACAUGAAGACGAAAGCGGUGGAUGAAAUGAUGGCGAGAAUCAAGAAUGGAAUCGUGCUGAGGCCCAUCAAGAUAAAACAGGAAGAUGACAGCUCGUGGAAGGAACCGAGUUGUGAAAAAAGAAAAUCGGCCAUCCUGGAGCUGAAAGGAAUGCUGGACAAUAUAAAACGUCAGCCCCACUGCAGACUGCCGUCCAGAAGAGGGAUAAGCCGACACGUUGAGGAAGCUGAGCUCCUGCAGGUUCUCCAGAGGAGGAGGAGGGCGAUGGGAGAGAACCGGGAGUCGCCUUCCUCAACAAAAACACAGGACCCCCUGCCUGGUCCACAGAGCGUCCCAGCGGCAGGAGACGUUCCCUGGACGGGCGAGCUUGGCAGAGCCCCUGUGCUCCGGAGGCUGAGACAGAACCGAGAGAAGAGAGACUCUCGCAUCAGAGCGUCAGCAUUGAUCCUUAACCAACAAAACUGAGGGCAAGAAACACUGAAGAGGAGGUUGAUGAUUGAACUACACCUACCAAAAAAAAAAAAAAACUUUUUACACAGAUGAUCUCAUCUUGACUUCAAAGAAACCAAAUGUAUCUGUAGAGAUUUGUUAAGAAUAAAUUCUUUGCCUUUGAAAUAUCUCGUAAUAAA